AUGUCUUCAUUAACAGUCCAAUGUACCGCGCCUAAUGGCCGCACCUGGACUCAGCCAACCGGCCUAUUCAUCAACAAUAAAUGGGUGAAGUCCUCAGAUGGAGCUAAGAUUGCCAGCAUCAACCCAGCUACCGCUAAAGAAAUCGCAUCUGUCUACGCCGGUACAGCCGAUGAUAUCAACACUGCGGUCAAGGCUGCGCGCGCCGCCCUCAAUGAUCCCAGCUGGCGGGAUAUGUCCGGUCUUGACCGCGGCAAGCUGAUGAACCGUCUCGCUCAGCUCAUCGAGGAGAACAAGGAAACUCUAGCUACAAUUGAGACUUGCGACAACGGAAAGCCGUACCUUGUUUCGCUGAACGAUGAUAUGACCGAGACUGCGGAGACAAUCCGGUACUAUGGUGGAUAUGCGGACAAGGUCUUUGGACAGGUCAUUGACACUACUGUCGACAAGUUCGCCUACACUGUGCGCCAGCCCGUGGGUGUCUGUGGCCAGAUUAUCCCAUGGAACUUCCCUCUCUCCAUGGCAGCUUGGAAGCUCGGACCUGCUCUGGCCUGCGGUAACACCGUCGUUUUGAAGCCCGCCGAGCAGACCCCGCUCUCCAUCCUGUUUCUCGCCAACCUCAUUGUUGAAGCUGGAUUCCCCCCCGGCGUCGUGAACAUCGUCAACGGCCUCGGUACCGUUGCCGGUGCUACCCUCGCAUCGCACAUGGACGUGGACAAGAUUGCUUUCACCGGAAGCACAGCCACCGCAAAGCAGAUCAUGAAGAUGGCCAGCGUCAACCUGAAGAACAUCACCCUCGAAACCGGCGGAAAGAGCCCUCUUAUCAUUUUCAACGACGCGGACCUCGAACAAGCGGUCGAAUGGGCACACAUUGGUAUCAUGUAUAACCAGGGCCAGAUCUGUACCGCUACAUCUCGCAUCCUGGUCCAAGAUGAGAUCUACGAUCGGUUCGUCGCUGCCUUCAAGGCUCAAAUCAAGAAAGUCUCCAAAGUCGGCGAUCCAUUUGAGGAGACCACUUUCCAGGGUCCUCAGGUCACGCAGGCUCAAUAUGAACGUAUCCUAUCCUACGUCGACGUGGGCCACGCUGAAAAAGCAACCCUAGAGUGCGGCGGUAAGCCAUUUACCGUUGGUGAUGGCAAGGGCUUCUUCAUCGAGCCUACGGUCUUCACCAAUGUUUCUCCUAAGAUGCGCAUCUACCAGGAGGAAGUCUUCGGUCCUUUCGCCGUUAUUGCCCGUUUCAAGACUGAAGAGGAUGCCGUGGAGAUGGCUAAUGAUAGCACCUACGGUUUGGGAAGUGCUGUUUUCACCACCAACCUUACUCGCGCUCACCGGGUUGCGAAGAGAAUUGAGGCGGGUAUGGUCUGGAUCAACUCUAGCCAAGAUAGUGAUUGGCGAAUUCCUUUCGGUGGAGUUAAGCAAAGUGGUAUCGGUCGGGAGCUGGGCCAGGCUGGAUUGGACGCUUAUUCCAAUGUUAAAGCCGUGCAUGUUAACAUGAAGAGCAAGCUGUAG